AUGCACAAAACCAGACCUUGGGGACAGGGGCAUUUGGAUGCAAAACCAGGAGGGGCCCGACGGCUGAUUCUUGAUCACACACCCUCAUCACCGGCAGGAGCAGAUGGGAUGGCCAGCAGGGUCCCCCAGUCCAAGGGUGCCCCUCCCAUCCCCACCCAUCCCCCAACGUAUGGCAGGGCCGCCGCAGAGAAGCGCGAGACAGAUGUGGAAAGGGACGGAAGGGUAUCGCGUCCAGGACUGCAGGUGGCCAUAGCUCCCGCACGUGCCACCACAACAUCACCGCCCGCAUCAACAGAAAACCCAACCACAGUGCGGCACGCCCCCGGGACAGCCUCCCCCUCCUCCUCGACCCCCCACCCCGUGCCUCCACCUGCACAACCUUCCACGAUGUCCCCUCCGAGGUUUGGAUACCAGGGUGCACAUGUCACGACUAAGGACCUGCUGAGCCCCACCAGGCAGUCCUUGGCAGCGGGCCUGGGAACUGGUGCUUCGUCCUCCUCCCCCGCCGCCGAACCCAAGUCAGAUCACAAGGGCACGGUCCCGGUUGGUCAGCAGAGGCAGCUCAUAGGGAGCCCCCCCCAGAGACAGCGCGGCCUUCUUUCCCCACAAAGAGAGGCCAAGUCGCAUCAGCUGGCAGCGGCGCACGCCAAUCUGCAGGGGGCCGUUGCUGCCAGGAUCUCGCACGGCCAGCAGUCGAAGGGCCAGCCCUUGCACGCACCGCAUGCCGUCGGCCACGCAACGCACAGCCCGCUAUCGCCUACCAAGAAGGCCCCCAGCGACGACCAGGCCCGGCCCGCUCAUACCCGCCCCCCAACUUCUCCACCGGGCAUCAAGUCGCCACCCACCAGUCCUCCCUCCAAACCAUGGAAGCAGGCAGCAGCAUCCACACCAAACAGUGGAUCGCUGCCCGGGUCGAGCCGGGGCGGACAACGAACCGGCGCUCUAGGGGGAAGGGCAGACAAGACUCCGGCAGUGGGGCGCGGGAGCACACCGGCCACCAAGGAGGAGCCGCCGCAUCAUGGUCAACUGUCCGCCAACUCCUGCCCUCGCCCGCAGCAGCUGCCGCAGUUCGCCGCAGAAGACGCACCUCGGAAGCAGUGGGGAGAGGCGUCGGAGAAGGGAGACGGCGGAGCAGCUGCGCCGGUCAUGAUCAAGCUGACCGCGGCGGAUGGGGAGGCGGUGGCGCCUGUGAACGAGAGCGAGGGGCGUACGGGCCCGAGCAGUGCAUCGGCAAACGGGGCGAAGGACGAGACGGCCGGGGCGCAGGCAGUGGAAGUGGCCGAGCCCGCAAUAGACGAGGUCGCCACGUGGCAGGCGGCAGCAGCACCGCCCCUUGCGGCAACCGGCGCGCAGCUGGCCGCCGACGUGGAGCGCCUCCAAGCGGCGGUGUCGCAGGCCGAGGAACGCAACCGGGCGCUGGAAGCGCAGCUCGCUGAAGCACACUGCCAGCUGGCGCUACUGCGCAUUUAUAGCCUGACAAACGCGGUUGCGGGCGGCCAGGCUUCGGAGGAGAUCCGAGCGGCCGCGAUCCAGGACCAGCUCUGCCCCGUCAGCAAGCCCGCGCAGGUUCCGCCCAUACAGGAUCCCCGGCUGAACGAGCUGGAGACACGCGUACACGACCUGAAUGCGCUGCUCCAAGAGCGCGCGGCCGAGCUGCUGGCGUCACAGUUGCGCGAGCAGCGAGCGCACGGCCAGGUGGCGGAACAGCAGCUGGCGCUGGCGAACGAGGAAUAG